CAUUUCAUCAACUUGGAGCAAUCUAUCAUUAUCCUAAUUUAUUAUUCUUGAUCUUUAGCUAAUAUAUCCAGAAAUAAUGGCGAUCAAAGUCCAUGGUAGCCCCAGGUCAACUGCAACCAUGAGAGUUGUUGCUUGCCUCAUAGAGAAGGAUUUGGAUUUUGAGUUUGUCUUUGUUGAUAUGGCCAAGGGCGAACACAAGAAGCAGCCUUUCCUUUCCAUUAAUCCUUUUGGUCAAGUACCAGGAUUUGAAGAUGGGGACUUGAAGCUCUUCGAAUCAAGGGCAAUGACCCAGUACCUAGCUCAUGUUUAUGCUAGCAAUGGCAACCAACUAAUACUCCAAGAUCCAAAGAAGAUGGCCAUCAUGUCAGUGUGGAUAGAAGUGGAAAGCCAAAAAUUUGAACCACCCGCUUCAAAGCUAACAUGGGAGAUAUGCAUAAAACCAAUAAUUGGGUUGAGCAUAGAUGAUGCUGUUGUGAAGGAAAGCGAAGAGAAAUUAUCUAAGGUUCUUGACAUCUACGAAACUCGAUUGGCAGAGUCAAAAUACUUAGGUGGAGACUCUUUUACACUUGUUGAGUUGCACCACUUACCAAAUAUAUACUACUUGAUGGGUACAAAAGUUAAGGCACUGUUUGAUUCUCGCCCUCGUGUGAGUGCAUGGUGUGCUGACAUAUUAGCUAGGCCAGCUUGGGUGAAGGGCUUGGAGAAGCUGCAAAAAUGAAAAAAAUCAUGAGCUAAUGGAUGACCAUAUAUAUUCACAGAAGCAUUUAUGUCUUAAUAUGUUGUGUUUCCUGUCAGAAGUAGUUGUCCUGUAGUACAAAUAAACAGUCAUCGAUAUCUAUGUGCUUUACUAUGUGUACUGAUAUAUAUGGUACGUUCAAGUCAUUUAUAAAAAAAUUACACGCUAUAUUUCUGUGA